AUGGAUGCUGCGUGGAGCAAUUUCCUCUUCCAGAAUGCUCCCACCCAAAACCAAGUGGAGGGGAGCCUCCAAUCGGAGCUCAUGGCGGUCCACACGAGCUCUCCCCAAACCCCACCCACCGAGCACGUAGCUCAGCCUCCCUCCACCGUGGACACCACCGCUCUCAAAGAGGAGCCCAUGCCCAUUGAGCCGAUGUCCCGACCAGCCCGCGUGCCGCAUAUCUGCGCCAUUUGCAACAAGCAGUUCAAGAACAACUACAACCUACGCCGGCACCAGUCGGUCCACACAGGGGUACGCAUGAAGGACAGGGCCAGAGAGCAGGCGGAGGGGGCGCAGGAGGGCGCCGCCGGCCAGCUGCUGGCGGCGGUUGUCCCCUCGGUGAUGGCGGCGGCAGGGGCUGGAGGGAAGGCGGAGAGGACCCCCGGCGUGCCCCUCACCCUGCUGCACCUCUCCGCUCUUCCCUUUCUCGUCCCGCCCGCCCCGCCACCGCCGUCGGUCAGUCAGGACGCACCCCAAUUAGUGGCUAGUGUUAACCCCCCCCUUGCUCCGCCUCCUGCUGCUGUCGUCAUGGCCACAGGGGCGACAGUACAGCGGCCGGCCAAUCAGAACCCCACGCCAGUGAGGAAGAACCACGCGUGUGAGACGUGCGGGAAAGCCUUCCGCGAUGUUUACCACCUUAACCGCCACCGCCUGUCCCACUCGGACGAGAAGCCCUUUUCCUGUCCGAUCUGCCAGCAGCGAUUCAAGAGGAAGGACCGCAUGAGUCACCAUGUGAGAUCCCACCAGGGUGGCGUGGAGAAACCUUACAUCUGCCCUCACUGCAGCAAGGCUUUCUCAAGGCCUGACCAUCUCAACAGUCACGUGCGACAGGUGCACUCCUCCGAGCGGCCGUUCAAAUGUCCGACGUGCGAGUCCAGUUUUGCCACGAAGGACCGCUUGCGCGCACAUAUGAUCCGCCAUGAAGAAAAGGUCCCGUGCCACAUCUGCGGAAAACUCCUGUCGGCCGCUUACAUCACAGAUCACAUGAGGGUGCACAACCAAUCGCAGCACCAUGUGUGUCACCUGUGCAACCGCAGUUUCACUACUUUGACGUACCUGCGCGUCCAUGCCCAAAAGCACCACGGCCAGGAAUGGAAGGACAGCCCGGGCGGCUUUGGUGGCACGGCGUCCGGCGGCGUCCUGGUCUGCCAUCUUUGCGGCGUCCACUGCAAGACGCCCACCCAGCUCCAAGGCCACAUGGGUACCCACGCCAACAGUCAGGGCGCCCAGAGCCCCGCCUCUUCCGACGCAGUCGCCGGCAGCUCCGUCUCGCUCGCCAACAUGGUGACCGCGCCCACUGUCUACGUGGCCGGCGGCGCCGUGGUUGACCUGCUGGUCACGGACUGCUCCAGCAUCGCCGCACCGCAGUCGCAGAGUUAG